UCAGCCAUCAAGCUGAUAGUGUAGCUGCUGAGGCCUCAUUCUGCACUAAUGUGCUGAGGCAGCAGGACACAGGCAUGAAAAUGGUUCCUGAAUAUGUUGGGUAUCCUACUCUUGUCUUCCUCUGGAGAUAGCAGGGCUAUGUGGAGUGCACAGUAAAUACCCCUCUAGCCUGGUCUGCCAGUACUGUUCCUCCCACUAGCAGCGAGCACUGGUGGUCUUCUUGAGCUGAAAGGAUGAAAAUUGGCAAUUGGAAAAUCACUGUCACUGACCUGAGCUUUAUCCUGACUUCUGGAGUCCCACUUGAUGUCAUUGGGCAUAUGAGUUUGCAAGAGUGUCCCCUGUUCCUGUCCGUGAUUUAGGCAACGGCUGGACAUGCAUCACUAGCGGGAUGGUCAGCCACCAAAGCUGCGAUGUCGUCCCUGACGACCUCCAGUGAAGGAGAGAACGCCACUCCCAGGUUUGUUGUUGGUUCCAGAGAUGAUGAGACAGAAGUUCUGGGAUCAAACAUGAAGACAGACGAAACUGAUUUCUUUGAAGAUGACGAAGAGGAGGAUUUGCCACCAGAACGGCAGAUUGUGGUGGGAAUCUGUGCCAUGACCAAAAAGUCCAAGUCAAAGCCUAUGACACAGAUUCUGGAACGUCUGUGCAAGUUUGAGUACAUCACAGUGGUAAUCAUGGGAGAAGAUGUUAUUCUGAAUGAACCGGUGGAGAACUGGCCCUCUUGUGACUGCCUGAUAUCUUUCCACUCCAAAGGAUUCCCCCUGGAUAAGGCAGUUGCUUAUGCCAAGCUGUGCAAGCCAUUUCUCAUCAACGACCUUGAUAUGCAGUAUUACAUCCAGGACAGGCGUGAAGUGUAUCGGAUCCUUCAAGAAGAGGGAAUAGACCUGCCUCGCUAUGCUGUGCUCAAUCGAGAUCCUGACAGACCAGAAGAGUGCAACUUGGUGGAAGGAGAGGACCAUGUGGAGGUAAACGGAGCUGUUUUCCCAAAGCCAUUUGUAGAGAAGCCAGUCAGUGCUGAAGACCACAACGUGUACAUUUACUACCCGACAUCAGCAGGUGGGGGUAGCCAGCGGCUCUUCCGUAAGAUUGGCAGUCGGAGCAGUGUGUACUCCCCAGAGAGCAGUGUGAGGAAGACAGGCUCCUACAUUUAUGAAGAGUUCAUGCCUACGGAUGGCACUGAUGUAAAGGUGUACACUGUUGGGCCAGACUAUGCCCAUGCAGAGGCUCGCAAAUCCCCUGCUUUGGAUGGGAAAGUGGAACGGGACAGUGAAGGGAAGGAAAUUCGUUACCCAGUCAUGCUGACUGCCAUGGAGAAACUCGUUGCCCGUAAAGUCUGUGUAGCCUUUAAGCAAACCGUGUGUGGGUUUGACCUCCUGCGGGCCAAUGGCCACUCCUUUGUUUGUGAUGUGAACGGCUUCAGCUUUGUGAAGAACUCCAUGAAGUAUUAUGAUGACUGUGCCAAAAUCCUUGGAAAUAUAAUCAUGAGGGAGUUGGCUCCCCAGUUUCAUAUCCCCUGGUCCAUCCCAACGGAGGCAGAAGACAUCCCCAUCGUCCCCACAACUUCAGGCACCAUGAUGGAGCUUCGCUGUGUUAUUGCAGUCAUCCGUCAUGGAGAUCGCACACCAAAGCAGAAGAUGAAGAUGGAAGUGAAACAUCCCCGGUUCUUUGAAUUAUUUGAGAAAUAUGAUGGUUACAAGACAGGGAAGUUGAAGCUGAAGAAACCAGAGCAGCUACAGGAAGUGCUGGACAUUGCACGGCAGCUUGUGGUGGAGCUGGGAACCCACAGCGAUUGUGAAAUCGAGGAGAGGAAAUCCAAACUGGAACAGCUGAAGAGUGUCUUGGAGAUGUAUGGACAUUUUUCUGGCAUUAACCGUAAGGUUCAGUUGACUUAUCUGCCUCACGGACAUCCAAAAGCUGCGAGUGAAGAUGAAGAAGCUCGCCGAGAGUCCUCCCCCUCCCUUCUCCUGGUGCUUAAGUGGGGUGGAGAGCUGACCCCAGCAGGAAGAGUCCAGGCUGAGGAGCUGGGGCGGGCCUUUCGCUGCAUGUAUCCUGGAGGUCAAGGUGAUUAUGCUGGUUUCCCUGGCUGUGGCUUGCUCAGGCUGCACAGCACUUAUCGCCAUGAUCUCAAGAUCUACGCCUCAGACGAGGGGAGAGUUCAGAUGACAGCAGCAGCUUUUGCAAAGGGUCUGCUGGCCCUGGAAGGAGAGCUGACCCCCAUCCUGGUGCAGAUGGUGAAAAGUGCCAACAUGAAUGGUCUGCUGGACAGUGACAGUGAUUCCCUUAGCAGCUGUCAGCACAGAGUGAAGGCGCGACUACGUGAAAUCAUGCAGAAGGAUGCUGAGUUCUGUGAAGAGGAUUAUGAAAAGCUAGCACCUACAGGCAGUGCUUCUCUGCUCAACUCCAUGACCUUUAUCCAGAACCCAGUUGAGGUCUGUAACCAGGUGUUCACCCUGAUUGAGAACCUCACCUCCCAGAUACGAAAACGUCUAGAAGAUCCAAAAUCUGCAGACCUGCAGCUGUACCACAGUGAGACUUUGGAACUGAUGCUGCAACGCUGGAGUAAGCUGGAGCGAGAUUUCCGUAUGAAGAAUGGGCGCUAUGACAUCAGCAAGAUUCCUGAUAUAUAUGACUGCAUCAAGUAUGAUGUACAGCACAACUGUGCACUGAAACUGGAAGGCACAACUGAACUCUUCAAGCUCUCCAAAGCCCUUGCAGAUGUGAUCAUACCCCAGGAAUAUGGGAUUAAUAAGGAGGAGAAACUGGAGAUUGCUAUUGGCUUUUGUCUUCCUCUCAUUAAAAAGAUCCAGCUGGACCUACAGAGAACUCAUGAAGAUGAGUCUGUCAACAAACUGCAUCCGUUGUACUCAAGAGGAGUGCUGUCACCAGGUCGCCAUGUUCGAACACGGCUGUACUUCACCAGUGAGAGCCAUGUGCACUCCCUGCUCAGUAUCUUCCGCUAUGGGGGGUUACUGGAUGAAAACAAAGACCAGCAGUGGAAGAGAGCCAUGGACUAUUUGAGUGCUAUCUCAGAGCUGAACUACAUGACCCAGAUUGUUAUCAUGCUCUACGAGGACAACAACAAGGACCCCUCUUCAGAGGAGCGUUUUCAUGUGGAGCUGCAUUUCAGCCCUGGUGUCAAAGGCUGUGAGGAGGACAGGAACAUACCCACUGGGUUUGGCUUUCGGCCGGCCUCAGCAGAGAACGAGGACAAGAAGGCAGACCAAGGCAGCCUAGAAGACCUCUCGAACCAGAAGGGCAGCGAUGAGCCAGACCGUGCUCGGCAGAAGUCCCCACAUCCCUCUGAGCCGGUCAGCAUCCAGCGAAGGUCGCCACUGGUCAGGAACCGGAAGACGGGAUCCAUGGAGGUGCUGUCUGAAUCUUCUUCUAAAUCAGGAGGUUAUCGCCUCUUCAGCACUUAUUCCAGGCAGUCUUCUGAGAUGAAGCAAAGUGGAUUAGGGUCACAGUGCACCGGGCUGUUUAGCACCACUGUGCUGGGAGGCUCCUCCAGUGCCCCCAACCUCCAGGACUACGCACGCAGCCAUGGCAAAAAGUUUGCCAGCAGCUUGACAUACAAAGACGAGCUCUUGUCUAUGCCAGCCGUAAAACGAUUUUCUGUGUCGUUUGCAAAGCAUCCGACUAAUGAUGUGUUGGAGCACCAGCACGUUGCCCAGUUGCUACGCCGUUUUUCCUCUGACUGUGCCACGAGCCGGACCAUCUCCUUGGAUGCCACCCUAGCCCAUCACCUGCAGCAGUGCUCCUACCACCUGCGCCUCUUCAGGAGCUGGCUGAUCUCAGGGCAGGAUGACUUGGAGUGUCUCUACGGUUUUGAAGGCUGUUCCAUGGUUCCCACCAUUUAUCCCCUGGAGACCCUGCACAACUCCCUCUCUUUGCGGCAGGUCAACGAGUUCCUGACGGCUGUGUGCAGGAGUUGCAGCGAAUCGCAUGUCCAGUCCACCGCAGCUUUGUUUGAUUCAGUGAUUGGCAGCCAGAUGCCAGGGGACCCCUUUAUGUCCCAGCGAAUCCUGUCAUCAUCAUCCUUGCCGUUGCGCCAGCGUUCGGAUAAGCCCCCUUGGUACAGCAGUGGCCCCUCCAGUACUGUCUCCAGUGCAGGGCCAUCCUCUCCAACUUCUGUGGACAACUGUGCUCAUUUCAGCUUCACUGAGAAACUUUCCAUCAGCCCCCCAAAAAGUGAGGAGCAACUGACUAGCUGGUCCCCUGAGCAGGAAGAGAGUCAAGCCCCAGGCAGAGGGCUUGAUGUGCAGGGGGGUGUGUCUGGGCUGUCAGUAGCAGAGCCAAGAGCCCCAGAGACCCUGAUCUGGAAUGAGGGCCCAGAGCCAGGCAGGAUCCUGGAGCUGUGCAAGAAGGAGCUGGCAGGGGGGGAUGCUAACCCAGAAGAGAAGAGCAUGGGGGAGCUGGAUGAAGAAAAAUCGUCUGGGGAAAUGAUAGAGCCAAGUAACAUAAAGUGUGGUGAGGGGUUUGAUCUGAGGCUGGCUGGGGAGACAGCAAAGCCAGGUGAGGGCUCUAUCAGGGGAAUGACUGGCCUGGAUCAGUCUGGGCUGUCCAAAGAGAUCCUGGUGCCCUGUGACGAGGAGCUGCGGGGAGAGGUGUUCGAUCCAGAGCAUACAGGCAAAGAGCUGCUGGGGGACAGUGCUCUGUCAGACCAGCUCCUCUCUGGUCACUUGUGUCAAGUGCAGCCACUGCCUCCUGAGAAGAAUGUGGAGGAACUGCAGCUGCUGUGUCAGAAGGAUCAGCAAAAUUAAUGGCUUACUGGACAGCACACUGCGAGCACUUCUAGCCUGAAAGCAGCCUGACUUCCUGCAUGGCACCUCACACAGCUGGCGGUCUGUAGCAAAGAAGAAGCCACGUCCCAGGGCCACACUCUGUGGUGUGGGAGAGACUGCUUUCCUCCUCCACAAGCCAGCUCUGCCAUUCAGCGAGAAUGUUUGCCUCGUUAAAUGAACCAUAGUGCAGUCUUGGUACUGGCAUGACACCUCCAUGGAGCAGGGACGUGGCGCUGCAUUGGUGUCCCAAGGGCUUUGUGCUCACUGGGGCAGCAGCAUUUGAGGUCUGGUACAGCCAAGGCUUUUAGGGUGGUAAAUCCAAAGGGGACAGAUCCUCCUUUGUGACUUUUUGGCCCACAGCCUUCAGAGAAAGGCAUUUUGGGCCCAAAUUAAUCAGAUCCAUCACAACCACCAACCUCCUCUCUGUUACUUUCUUCUUCCUCUCUCGAUUCCCACUGCUGGCCACCAAAAUCAAGUCCAGAGAGUCCAUGGCAGAAAAACCAGCAGAAGCAGAAAGCAUUCUGAUAGAGUGUGGAAGCCAAGGGUAGCGAGUGCAUCAGGUUUGACUGCCACUUGCAAGGAAACGUUCCUUUGGUGUGGCCUUGGAUGUUUCCUUGCUGGGCUGGGCCAGGCAGGAGCCUGGGGAUCCAGCCUGAGAGAAGUGUGCAGGGAGGACACACAGAGGUUUUUUUUUUCUCAUCCCCAAGGAUCAGGCAGGGUACAGCUCUGAAGUCUUGGUGACAGGGAUUAAUAGAAACUGCUAUUCUGACAAUUCAGGACUAUUAGAAACCAAUAAGGAGAAAUCUUUAUUAUAUAUAAAAUGAAAAGAAUUUAAUGGCUAUUUAUGUAAAUGCCUUGUGAGCACAAGCCUGAGGGCAAGAUUGAUACGGGUGUCCCUGCCGCAUCCUGAGUGCUGGCCAGGGCUGUGCUUCCUACUCCUCCUGUAUUUAUGGACAAGUCUGCGUGUCUGUCUGUAGCUAGGAUCUGUGUUUUUGUGAAGCUGUGCCCAAAGAUCUCUAUGCUGUGUUGUGACAAUGUGUGUUCACAGUAAAUCUAUGCUGUGGGUCCAGUG